GCCUGACGGGCGAGGGGUUGGCGGAAGCAGGAGAGAGAGGGGUGGGGGGGGAAUCCAUCAGGGCAGCGCCGAGCCGCUUUCCCCCGUAAGCAGCCGCAGCCCUCGGCCGCCUCUCAAUCUCUUCUCCCAGGAUGUCGCGCUCGGUGCUGCAGCCCAGCCAGCAAAAGCUGGCCGAGAAGCUGACCAUCCUCAACGACCGCGGCGUCGGCAUGCUGACUCGCCUCUACAACAUUAAGAAGCAAGGACAAGUAUGGAAGGCUUGUGGAGACCCAAAAGCUAAACCUUCAUAUCUUGUUGAUAAAAAUCUGGAAUCAGCUGUUAAAUUCAUAGUCAGAAAAUUUCCAGCUGUAGAGACACGCAACAAUAAUCAACAGUUAGCUCAGCUGCAAAAAGAGAAAUCAGAAAUUCUGAAGAAUCUGGCUUUAUAUUACUUCACUUUUGUUGAUGUUAUGGAAUUUAAGGAUCAUGUCUGUGAACUAUUGAAUACUAUUGAUGUUUGCCAAGUCUUCUUUGAUAUUACUGUAAACUUUGAUUUAACAAAGAACUAUCUAGACUUAAUCAUAACCUACACAACAUUAAUGAUAUUGCUGUCUCGGAUUGAAGAACGGAAAGCCAUCAUAGGAUUGUACAACUAUGCUCAUGAAAUGACACAUGGAGCAAGUGAUAGAGAGUACCCACGUCUUGGCCAGAUGAUUGUGGAUUAUGAGAAUCCAUUAAAGAAAAUGAUGGAAGAAUUUGUACCACAUAGUAAAGCUCUUUCAGAUGCCCUAAUCUCACUUCAGAUGGUUUAUCCUCGUCGGAACCUUUCAGCUGAUCAGUGGAGAAAUGCUCAGCUCUUGAGCCUCAUCAGUGCUCCCAGCACAAUGCUUAAUCCUGCACAGUCAGACACAUUGGAUUUAUUUUGUGCCACGGAAUCCUGAAUAAUGACACAACAGCUUUGACUCUUUGGAAACUCGCUCUUCAAAGCAGCUCUUGCUUGGCACUCUUUCGGGAUGAAGUUUUUCAUAUUCAUAAGGCUGCUGAAGAUUUAUUUGUAAACAUAAGAGGCUAUAACAAGCGUAUAAAUGACAUAAGAGAGUGCAAGGAAGCUGCUGUAUCACAUGCGGGUUCAAUGCACAGAGAACGGCGCAAGUUUUUACGGUCUGCACUAAAAGAGCUAGCCACUGUCCUAUCAGAUCAGCCAGGACUUUUAGGUCCCAAGGCCCUGUUUGUAUUUAUGGCACUAUCCUUUGCUCGUGAUGAAAUUAUUUGGCUGCUUCGACAUGCCGAUAACAUGCCUAAGAAAAGCACGGAUGAUUUCAUAGAUAAUUGAAGAUGGAGAGGUAUUUGACUUCAGAGGAAUGAGGCUUGAUUGGUUUAGAUUACAGGCUUAUACUAGUGUGUCCAAGGCUUCACUUAGUCUUGCUGACCACAGAGAACUUGGAAAGAUGAUGAAUACAAUAAUUUUCCACACAAAAAUGGUAGACUCUUUGGUUGAAAUGUUGGUUGAAACAUCAGAUCUUUCUAUAUUUUGUUUUUACAGUCGCGCUUUUGAGAAGAUGUUUCAGCAGUGCUUGGAAUUGCCCUCCCAGUCCAGAUAUUCAAUUGCAUUUCCGCUGCUUUGCACUCACUUUAUGAGCUGUACCCAUGAACUGUGCCCAGAAGAGAGACACCACAUUGGUGAUCGCAGUCUCUCCUUGUGUAACAUGUUUUUGGAUGAAAUGGCUAAGCAGGCUCGGAAUCUUAUCACAGAUAUUUGUACAGAGCAAUGUACCCUAAGUGACCAGUUACUGCCAAAACAUUGUGCCAAAACCAUUAGCCAAGCAGUGAACAAAAAGUCAAAGAAACAGACGGGUAAGAAAGGAGAACCAGAAAGAGAAAAACCAGGCGUAGAAAGCAUGAGAAAAAAUAGGCUGGUAGUGACCAACCUGGACAAAUUGCACACAGCACUUUCUGAACUCUGCUUUUCUAUCAAUUACGUUCCAAACAUGAUCGUAUGGGAACACACCUUUACCCCAAGGGAGUAUUUAACAUCUCACUUGGAAAUUCGUUUUACCAAGUCAAUUGUUGGGAUGACAAUGUAUAAUCAGGCAACCCAAGAAAUUGCAAAACCUUCAGAAUUGUUAACGAGUGUCAGAGCUUAUAUGACAGUGCUUCAGUCAAUAGAAAAUUAUGUACAGAUUGACAUCACAAGAGUGUUUAAUAAUGUCCUUCUUCAGCAAACCCAGCAUUUAGAUAGCCACGGGGAGCCAACUAUCACCAGUCUAUACACAAAUUGGUAUCUGGAAACUUUGCUACGGCAAGUCAGUAAUGGCCAUAUAGCUUAUUUCCCUGCGAUGAAGGCAUUUGUCAACUUGCCUACUGAAAAUGAGCUGACAUUUAAUGCAGAAGAAUAUUCAGACAUCUCAGAAAUGAGAGCCCUAUCAGAACUCCUUGGUCCAUACGGUAUGAAGUUCUUAAGUGAAAGUCUUAUGUGGCAUAUUUCCUCACAGGUUGCUGAACUCAAGAAACUUGUGGUUGAGAAUGUUGAAGUCCUAACACAAAUGAGGACCAGUUUUGAUAAACCAGAUCAGAUGGCAGCUCUCUUCAAAAGAUUGUCAUCUGUUGAUAGUGUUUUGAAGAGGAUGACUAUUAUUGGUGUUAUUUUAUCAUUCCGAUCACUUGCACAAGAAGCGCUUAGGGAUGUUUUAUCCUAUCACAUUCCUUUCCUUGUGAGUUCAAUUGAAGACUUUAAGGACCACAUUCCAAGAGAGACCGAUAUGAAGGUUGCAAUGAAUGUAUAUGAGCUCUCAUCAGCUGCAGGACUCCCAUGUGAAAUAGAUCCUGCCCUGGUUGUAGCUCUUUCUUCUCAAAAAUCAGGCAAGAUUAUAAAUCACAUGGAUAAAAAUAUUAGUCCAGAGGAGGAAUAUAAAAUUGCUUGCCUUCUGAUGGUCUUUGUGGCAGUCUCCUUACCAACUUUGGCUAGUAAUGUGAUGUCUCAAUACAGUCCUGCCAUUGAAGGUCACUGUAACAAUAUCCAUUGCCUGGCAAAAGCAAUCAAUCAGAUUGCUGCAGCCUUAUUUACCAUUCACAAGGGAAGCAUUGAAGAUCGUCUCAAAGAAUUUUUGGCUCUUGCCUCCUCCAGUCUACUAAAAAUUGGCCAGGAGACAGACAAAACCACUACAAGGAACAGAGAAUCUGUUUAUUUACUUCUUGACAUGAUUGUGCAGGAGUCUCCCUUCCUGACUAUGGAUCUUCUGGAGUCCUGCUUUCCAUACGUCUUGCUACGGAAUGCAUACCAUGCUGUGUACAAGCAAAGUGUCACAUCCUCUGCCUGAAUAUCUACUUAUCUGGAGAUCAAUUAAGCACGUCUAUCUGUUGCCUCAGUUUUACUUGUAAACUGUGGAGCUGUUUUUACUUUAUGGCCUGGCAGAGUUUUGUGGAUUCUAAACUUUUUCCCAAUGCAGUUGUAUUUCUGACCAGUGGUUUCUUAAUAUGGUUGUAUUACAAUAUAAGCUUGGCUGAUUUUAGGUUGCACAUUUGCUGAAAUUAUUCCUCUUUUUUUUUCUUCUUUUUUGAGUCUCAAUUCUGUUCAAAAGAGAAAUGCUGAAGUUAUGGGUUUUUUCAUAUUUGAUCAUGCAGAAAUCAUAAUGGCUUGUUUAUCUCCAUGAAGAACUCUAUUUAGUGAUUAUUUUAGUGUUCCUAGUUUUCAUCUGUGUGUAAAUUAUUUCAUAUAGGGAGAAUUUACAACCUGUACCUAUUGUUCUUAUCAGAAAUAAGAUCUGGAUGUGCAUUUCUGUGAACUACAACAUUUUUACUUUAUUUUUUGAAACACUCACUCAGAUUAAUGACAGAUGCUAUCUAAUAUUUUAAAAAGAAGUUAUAGGAUUGCUUAUCCUUAAACAAUCUUCUCCAUACAAUCUGAAAUGAGAAAAAGUGAUUUUGUUUGUACAAAGCCUACAUAGUGAAAUUUUUUAAGACUAAUGUCCAUGGUGCCCCAUUGGCAUUAACACUACAUUGUAACCUCCUGUAUAAUAAACAUUCUUAUGCAUUUAUCAAAUGUUGAUAAAAUGUUAGCCCUUAACCACUUUUUAUAUGUUUUAAAUUUUUGAAAUUCAAGUGUAUCUUCCAUUACAUACAAUAAACACUACACUGAAAUGUG